GGUUGGCCUGCAUGAGGGCAUCAGGUGCCCGUGCAGCGCGCCCAGCCCCGCCAGACGCUCCGCUAUGGCUGCCCCGACGACGACCGGCUCCUUCAGCCGCGCUGAGCUGCGCGCCCGCUGCGCCCAGGGCGCCUGCCUGGUGCUGACCGGCCGCAGCGUCUACGACCUCAGCGCCUUCGCGCCCCUCCACCCGGGCGGGCCGCGGCUGCUGCUGGAGCGGGCCGGCACCGACGUGAGCGACGCGCUGGACGGCCCGCCGCACCGGCACUCGGCCAACGCGCGCCGCUGGCUCCAGCAGUACUACCUGGGCGAGCUGGAGCCCGACGGGGAAGCCGAGGAGACUUGCCCGAAGACACCGAACUCCCCCACGUCAGACGCCUCAGGCCCUGUCAUGUCCGGGAAGCCAAGAUUGGCAUCAGUCAAUGUAGAGAAGGACUUGGUGGACUGGGGGAAGCCUCUCCUUUGGCAAGUGGGCCACCUGCGCGAGAAGUACAACGAAUGGGUGCACCAGCCGGUGGAUCGACCCAUUCGCCUCUUCCAGUCGGACAUCAUGGAGUCCUUCUCCAAGACAACAUGGUACAUUGUCUGCCUAGUCUGGCUACCGGUGAUAUUCUUCCUCGGCUGGCACUGCUACACCACUCUGGCCCAAGGGAAAACCCAGCUGUUUUCCUCCUUCACAUCAGCCUAUGCCAUUCCUGUUCACAAGUCCUGGUUCCCGCUGCUCUGUCUCCUGGGCAUAUUCAUCUGGUCCCUGCUGGAGUAUCUCAUUCAUCGCUUCCUCUUCCACAUGAAUCCAGCCAGCAAGUACUACCUGAUUACCUUGCAUUUUCUGUUGCACGGCCAGCAUCAUAAGUCCCCGUUCGACAGCUCCCGCCUGGUCUUCCCACCUGUGCCAGCCUCCCUGCUCUUCUUCUUGUUCUACUUUCUUGCUCCUGUGGUUUUCCCUAGAGAAUUUGGCCUCUCCAUCCUGUGUGGAGGAAUCAUUGGCUACAUUAUUUACGACAUGAUGCAUUAUUACUUGCACUACGGCUCGCCCAAAGAAGGCACCUACCUCCAUGGUCUGAAGAUCUAUCACAUCAAGCACCACUUUGAAUACCAGAAAGCAGGUUUUGGGAUUUCUAGCCGAUUCUGGGACCGUCCCUUCCACACGCUGAUUCCAGAAGAAAACGAAAAGAGCGAUUAGCGUCCAUUGUUGCUGCCUGGCCCCUUGGGCUGCAAGGAGAGUCCCGGCGGCUGUGUUGGGUGGAACUUUGCAGAGCCUGGAGCAGCCCUUGGACUUGGACUGGGGAGAGAACUGAGUCUCCUUUUCCUGCUGCGUUUUGUGGCCUUAUUUGGGGGAUUCUGGGUGGUGGGGGGGUGAGGAGUGCCUUAAGAUACCCCGGAGCUGUGAAGAAGCAAAUAGUGGGGAGAGGGCCAAUUGUGUCUUAGCGUCAUAGUCAGGGACAGAUGUCAGAGCAGAAAUCCUGCUCAGCUUUAUUUCCUUUUAUUUAGCUAUAAUUUUAUUAAAUAUUUUUCUUGAAAGAAAGAACAUGAAAGCUAAUUCAAACUAAUAUAAAGUGAGAAAAAGACCAAUGAAGAAAUCAAAGAGGAAGCUAAAAGUGCGGGAAAAGGGAAAAAGUAAAAGAAAAAAAGAUACAAGGAAGUAGUUUCUGAUCUAUUUUACAGCAGUUAUAAGCAUGGUUAUAAAACAUAUUCUAUGGUUACAACAUAACUCUUUUUUUCUGUAAUGUAUCCUAAUCAUCAACGCCAUAAAUUGUAAGUUCAGUUUUUUUCUAUUUUACACAAAAAGGCCGUAAGGGCUUUCCAGUUGGCAAUAAACAUAGAUAAUGCCUUGUCUCUGAUUGAGGAAAUCAAUUUAGCCAUCUCAGCAAGUUCCAUCAUCUUCACCAGCUAUUCCCUCAUUAUGGAUAAUGCCAAAUCUUUCCACGUUUGUACCUACCAAAGCACCCAAAUUUAUUUGUAAUAUAAAUGAAUGAAUUUAUCCAUAUAACAUCGAACAGAUCUUGUGGGAGAACAUGACUCGCCACGGACUCCUGGAUCUUAGAUGUUCUGGUUCCUGGUGCUGGAUUUUGUGGGUGAAAGGAAGGAUGUUGGAAAAAGAGGAACUCUGUCUAACCCAGGGGUCGGCAACCUUGGCUCUUUCAUGACUCGUGGACUUCAACUCCCAGAAUUCCUCAGCCAGCCUGGCUCAGCUUGGAAACCUCUCCCUUUCCCCUCAGCGUGGCUGGCUCAGGAAUUCUGGGAGUUGAAGUCCAUGAGUCAUAACAGCCAAGGGACUUUAACUACCCUGACCUCACCUGGGAAACAAACAGUUCUAUGUUUUUUUCUGAAAUCCCUCAUCUACAAUGAAAGCCGUUGCAAAGAUGCUGCUGAGUUCCUCUCCUUUUGCCUUCUCCUUCUUCUAAUGUCGACCGCAUAAAUAUUUUAGAAAAAGAAGGAUGGUGGUAUAUAAACCACAGUCACAAGAUACUUGUACGUAGAUGAUGUAUAUUUUGACAAUAAAAAACCAUUUGAAGCUUG